UUGAGAUAGUUCGGUGGCGGGGGAGUUGUACUAAGUGUUAAAGAAAUGGAGAGUUUUACGAAUUCGUGUAGAUUGUGUCUGUGGAAAGGAGAUAAAAUGCUUCCAAUUUUUACAUCUCCUGAUGACGACGAAACAGCAACGAAGAUUCGAAAAUGCCUGCCGUUAGAUGUGCGAUGGGAAGACAGUUUGCCAAAAGGGAUCUGUGCCAGCUGUCUGUACAAGGUGGAGAUGCUGUUCGAGUUCCACUGCUCUGCUGUGAGAAUAGACUCAUUGCUCAGGAAAUAUCUCGCUUCAGAAGUGACUGUUAAGGAACAGCAGCUGAGCGGCAGUGGAUAUCAGGCCACCAACAUGCCCCCCAUGCGUAGUGUGGCCAUUGGCACUGAGGAUGAAUAUUUCCUUUCGGCAAGAAGAAUGAGGGAUGGCCAAGAAAGCAGUGGUAAUGCAGAACCUAUGGUAGCCAGAUUGCGUGUGCGGACACCACAUGACAUUAGUGAUAUGAGUAGUACAGGAGUUUCCCCAGUGGUUCAGGUGCCUCGACAACAGUCAGACCCCUUUAAUGGACAUACAACUGAAGUGCCACCACUGCCACACAGAUCAGACAGUGUUCAGGGUAUUGACAGUAUUCAUGCAAUUGGAGCUACAGAACAGUCACCAUUGAGGAGUACAGUACUGCGUUUGCCUGCAAGUGGUACUGCAGUUCAACAAGAGGAGUCAGGGAGGAGUGCCUCAAGACAGUCGGAACCUGUGGCUCACACAGCAUCCCCAGGAGAGGCCUGUGUAACACAAGACUCCACAUCAGAUUGUGCCCCAGCGGAAGACACAGAUGUAGUGUGCCUUUCAGUCAAGUCUCCACUGAUUGUGGUGCAAAGUGGUCCCUCAACAUCCCGGCCAUCAUGUGAGUGUGCCGACGAUGAUGAAGUGGUGGUGCUUGCCGAGAUCCAGAAGCAACCGUACCCGUACCGGCGGUGCAAGACCCCUACCAGCUUUGACACUUCCUCUGUGUCUAGCUGUGCCUCUGCGUCUGCUGUUUCUACCUCCUCCUCUACCUUCGAAGGUGGGAGGAGAAUGGCACCUCCGCGGAAAGCACACCGUCUUUGUCCCCGGCACCAAGAGUACUUGCGCUUGAUGAACCUACAGCAGGAGCAGCAACGGAUGAAGCAACGAGGUCUACAACAACAGGAGACACUGCAGAGGGUAGACCACCAUCCUUCAAGAGCCAGUGGACAGGAGCCUACUUUAAGCACUUCCUCAGCCAGUCUGAGAUUGUCGGAUGUGUCCAAUCCUGUGCAAUGUGAGCCCUCUCAGCAAGUACCGCAAAACCAGUCAUGUGGAGGAGGCACAAGGCAAUUGUCAGCAGAAACUCCACAUAUCGACACAUCAUCUAACUCGACAGAAUCUGAGGGACGUGUGCAAUUGCUUGGCCAAAACAAACUUACAUCUGGUGCAACAAGUCAUCUGGUAGCCCUUCUGAACAGUGACUCAUCACAUAUCACAGCUCAACCUGGUCAGUUGGAACAAGCACGGCAUGUGACGAGGACCAAACCUGAAGGAGCCACCACAGAGGCAGUGGUGGCACCACUUUCCAGUUCUGCAAAAUGCAACUCAUCUGUAACUGAGCCACAGGACCAAGUAAGGCAGCUGACUCUUGCCCAUCCAAAAGGAACAACUGUUGAGUCUUUCCUGGGAAAACCGUGUGGCAGCAAAUUAUCUUCAGCUGAUGCACCACUGCCAGCUGCUGCAAUGUCCCAGAGUGCUGUACCAACCCCAUCUGUUGCAGCAGCUUCACCUGUUUCACAGCUCUCAGCCUGCGUGCCUCCUUCGGCUGCUCCGCCUGCUACACCUGCAGUGCCUCCUCCAUCUUCUGAAGCUAUCCCAGUUACUGCAACUCCCCCAUCUACUAUGCCCAUCCCAUCUGCUACUCUGUCAACAACCUCUAAAAGGAUUUCAUCUGCAGCUUUACCCACCAGCUCUGUACCAGUCUCAUCCACUGCACUACCUGGAAUGCCUGUGACAACACAAUCUGACCCUUACCCCGUAACCUGUGCGGUGACUCCAUCGGUCGCACAUUCCGGUAUCGCCUCACACCCCAGCAGAGCUGCUGCACACUCUCCGUCCCCUGCAAGAUCCUCAUCUGGUGGGCAGUCCCCCUCGACUCUACAGACCUCAUCAUCACGAAAACAGUUGAACACACGGUCUCGAUCUCGCUCUCGCUCCAGUUCGAAAUCUCCAUCUGCUGGACAGCGCCGUGGCUCUAAAUCACCUGUGUCCACUGUGAUGGCCACACCUUCUGCAUCUCCCAAACCCUCUCCACCUUCCACAGACCAUGCACAACUGCGACUGGCUCCCCUGACUGCAUCUGUUACGUGGCCAUUGCCUGCUGCACCCACUACACCUCCUGCACUAUUACGUGCUUCAGCACAACCACAGCAACAAGAAAACAGACAGCAGAGAGUAGUGUUGCCGACACGUGGUUCUGGACAUCCUGAGCAUCAGGUGAUACCAGCCAAACUACAAGAUGGAGUCUUCAAGUUACCAGCAUUCCUGGUUGUAACUAAUGCCCCUUUUCAUGCACAAACACAACCUCCAGCAGCAGCAACCACUCAUCUGCCGGCACAGUCUCAAACCUCUGCCCCCGCAGAAACUCCUGCAGUGCCAAAGGAACAGGAACAGAAACAACAGUUGGCACAAACCGAAUCACCGGGAGGGGCCAUCAGCCAGUUGUUAGCAGCAUCUGCACUCAUUAGUCCCCCACGUGCCUCAACAGAGCCUAAGCAACAAGAGAAGAAGCAAGGGGAGGUGCAGAGAAAACCCACAGGAACACAUCUCUGUCAAUCUGCAGCAGCAUGUUUGCCCACUGCCCCUCCACACUCCCCUGCUCCAGGUAAGCAGCACGAACAGCAGCCACAAGUCCAACAUGAGCAGCAGAAAAAUAGACUGGAAGUGUUACGUGAUAAACUGUCAGCAAAAAUAGGCAGGCUACCAGCAGGCUCACCUGUAGGCACUGACGAGAAGGGUGUCUCUGUACAAAAUGGUCAGACACGCUCAGAGGCCGAUCAGCAGUUAACAAAUUCAGCAACUACCACUGCCACAUCACAUACAGUUGCACAGUCAAGUAAGAGGAGGAAAGAGCACCGGUCACACGCAGUUGUCGCCGAGCGUCCUGCGACUCCAGCUGAAUCCACAGCUGCCUCUCCUACAUCACAGAAGCCAAAGCAGAUUAAACAGAAAUACUAUAAAGCAAGCUCACAAACUGAAAAGAGCCUUCGGAAAUCACCAUUGACAGUAACUUCCACUGCAAAAUCUUCCUCAGAAAGAGCUAAAAGCCAACUGUCUGGAGGGACUGUGGAGCAGCAGCAGCAGACCACGAAGCAACCAGCACUGCCAAAUUCAUAUGACUCUCAAAAGUGGAAGAAGAAGAAAAAGAAGAAAAAAGAAAAGGAGGAGGAGGAAAGUCACCAUCGAUCAUCAAAUAAAUAUCAACAGGAGCAGCUGUCACAAAAAAGAAAGCACUCAUCCAAGAAUACACGAGAAGCUGAAGACCUGCCAUCACAGCCUGCUCGUACCCCUUCUUUACAGCAGAGUCAGGAGAUGGAGGCUGUGAGUCAGCUCUACGGCAGCCAUUUGCAUCCAGUGAAGACAAUGUACAAAGUUAACAGAGGCGAGGCGGAGCAGCCGCAGGUGGAGCGUUGGCGCAACGUUCAACAGGACGCUGUUGAGCGUGUGCGGGUCGCUCUGCGAGAGUGCACCCAGCUGCCACAGCCACCGCUCCGUGACUCUGCGACAUCUCCGCCUGUACCAUCUGCCACCGUGACGACGCCCUCACCUCCCAUAUUGACGCCUCAGCGGCCAUCCGUGGGGCCGGUUCCUCCCGACUCUCCGUCCCCUCCGCCACCAAUGCUGCCACCUGCAAUCUCCACAAAAACCCGCACCGACCGCCCGCACUCCACUGGCCUACUUGUGCAGUGCACCACUCCUCCAGCGAAUGAGAAGUUGUCUCCCACACCGUUCCUCACGCCACCUGAUGGAGUUGACCAGCAGAAGUCCAGAUCGCAGCUGCCAUCCAAGGCAACGGCAGAGAGUGGUGAACGUCGGUUGCGCACUCCCAGCCCGGCGUCCAGCAUUGGCAGUGUAGACUGGUUCUCUGUGCCACACCGCAACGGCGUGCCUCCGCGGAGGUACUACAACAGGAAGAGGCGGUACCUCGAUCUCAGCUGGGGUGAGGCCUCAGGAACGGACAGAGAAUGCAGUGAGGACAGAGGCGACAGUGCUGAGAGAAGCCCUUUGUCACUGCCGUCACCCAAGACACAGUCAUCCUGCAGUGCCCCAAAAUCUUCUGUUCAGGUAUCUGCAGCAUGCCUGGAACUAUUUCAGCAGUCGGUUCCCUCGGCGACUGCCCCUCACCGGUUGACGGCGGGAACUCCCCUAUUGACAUCACGAUCUGCACGUGCUGCCCGCUACUUAUGCCGCUACUGCCAGCAGCGGUUCAGUGCGCGCAUCCUGCUGAGCCUGCAUCGCGUUAACGGGGCGUGUGAACUGCACCGCAGCCACAACUAUGCGUGCAAUGGGGGUGGAGGUGACCAUCUGCAGGUGACAGAGCAUGAGCUGAUGCUGGAGGCGCGUGUGCGUCUCGAGCGGCUCUUCGUUUGCCCACGCUGCUCGCGUGUGCUCUCCACCGAGAGCACACUCAAACGGCACAUAGCACUCCGCCACGGACAUGAAAACCCCCGUGACACACGUGCCUCUGUGCAGGUGCACUCGCAGGACUGGACACUAUCCCUGCCGGAUACACCGUCGCCACCUCCCCUGUCGCUGCCACUUGCUGCCAGGUUGUCUGACAGCAAAGACAAUGUGUUGGAAGCUCUGGGGCUUACCAGGAAGAGUUAAUGACUGUGUCAUAGCUCCAGAUGCUCUGUUGUUGCCUUUCUCAACUGGUUGCUUCUUACUCUGUGCAUACAAAAGCUGUGAGACUGCCAUAAUUGUUUUACUAUUCAUUUCUCACAUAUCACCUUCUCAGUAUAUAAAGCAGUCAAAAGUAGACCAUCUGUUGACUGUAGUCUGUCAGACUUUUUGCAUCACAUUUUUUUCUUCUAGUCGAUCUUUUUAGAAAAAAAGAGAUCAGUGUUUCAUGAACUAAUAAGGAAGAGUUAUCCAUUGAUAUGAGUGUACAGAGAAACAAAACCAACUCCAUGAAAUUGUUUUUAUUAUCAUUAAAUUGCUUACCUAUCAUUGUGUGCUAUACUUUUUCUGUCUGUAUUGUCCGAAGCAUUUAGGGAAGCACUACCCUACUAGA